CGACCUGAUUCUCAGCAACAUCCAUCCAGUCCUCUAUUUCUCAGCAAGCAUCUCACAAUUGUCUUUGGAACGACAAUUCUUUCUGGGAAACUGGAAUUCCCAAUCCAAGUUACCAGCGUGGGGCUAGCGAAAGUGGUGAGCACUAGCAUGCCGGGCUUAUCAGGUUGCCCUGCCCGGUGUUGGUGUAGGCGUCAGCUUACAGGAAUCACACCUAGUCCUGGUGCUUUACGGGUCCAAGCCAGGUCCAGAACAGCAAUAACCCCGCUAUCACAGCAUCCUUGACAGUAUCAUUCUCCUACCUGCCACCCUGCUUGAGUAUGAGAGGAACUACAUCUAGGUAGUAGGAAGGCGCGAAGCCUGAGAGAAGAACUUUCGAUGGGACAACAGACCAUGGCCCGUUUGCCACUGGAGGCAUAGGUGAUGGCAAAUCGACAACACGUGUAGUAUACGGUAGAUGUGGGUUGCAAGGGAAGAUGUCGUUUUUCCGCUGCCGGUCAUUCAAUGAGGAAGGUUACACUGGUCAGAAGAACACGCCUCAUCUGAAUAUCGUGCCAAGCAGCAACAGUUUGGACCCGGCCGUCAGCGUUACCACACCCACGGGUUAUGAAGACGGAUUCUUCAUGGGAAACAGAUAGAUCUAGGUAUGGUGGGCUGAGAACCAUUUGUCCAGAGAAGCUGUGCAAAUCGCUCCAGAGAACGGAUACUGCCACAAUCCUGCUAUUCUAGCAUGGCCAGAACCAUGGAGAUACUGUUUUCUCCAAUCCUCGCACCCUCAUCAACAGCCAACAACGGACACGGCGACUGCCUCAAUCCAAUCCCAGUGUCCACAAGGCUGAGAUGCCAGUCAGUGAGCCUUUGGGAGGGUAAUAUUGACGCCUUGGCACUAACCAGGAUGCAACCAAACUGGGGUGUCCUCGGCCCCCUCGUCGUUCUUUGUUGCUCACAAUGAUCAGAGCAAGGAAGUUGAGAUGGAUGGUGGUAUCUGCACGCCCAGCCUCUUGAGCCAACCACCUCCGGCCUCGCCACACCUCUUCAACUAAUUCUCACUCGAGUCUAGUUGGAAGACUUGGAAGACUCGCAUUUGUCCGCCAUGGGUCGGAUUGCGGCGUGAGCGAUCAGAAUUCUCUGUCUUCCAUUCUUUCUUGUCCAUCACGUUAGGAUAUCUCGGGUUGAGCACAGCGUGCUAGAUCUCGAAAUUUCGAGAGCGAGUUUUUUGUUCACAUCUUCGCCUGCGGUGUGGUGUUGUUCGGGCAAAACGAACCCUCCGCGAGCACGCUCAGGCGAGAGGUACUACAGCAAGACUGCCUGUGCCUGAAAUAUCCCUUUCUCAUUCCCGCUGGAUGCAACGGCCAGGCUAGGAGUUCUGAUAUCUUCCCCCUUCCACCAUUCCCCUGGAAGAACCUCGCCAAUAUGUUUGCGUUGAAACUUUCAACAAUCGCUGUGUGGGUGGUGUCUGCGUCAGUUGUCGCCAGUCAGCCAAGGUGGUCUUCUGCCUACGUCAACGUAACUCUCUGCCAGUGGAGGGAACCUCGAGUUGCGGUCAUACGAGACAGGCUGUUUCUGGAUGGAGGCAAUCGUUGGUGGCGUCCAGGGCUCUCGAAUGGGGAAUAUGGGAUUCCUGGACAGGAUGACAACCCACUAGGGAUUACAUACACGUUGAACUUCAGCAAGCCUUUCGACACCAAAGACAAUAUUACAGCGCUGUUCGUACCAAUCUACGCCUUGGGGGGUGCGGCCGUGAACAAUAUCGCGCCGAAUUUUGCCAGCGGAGGGCUCCUGUACAACGAUUACCAGUACUUUGGUUAUGGCGGUAUGACUUUCAGGUCAGCUGCGUAUCCGGAGCCGUUGGGUACAGCUGUGCGCGGAUACCGGGCCUUUACUUCACAGGUGCCUGAUUUUAUCCCUGGACCCGUGGAAGAUAACCUCGAUGGCAGCGUUACACGAUUUGUUGCGUAUGGCGGAGCGGCUAGCGCCCCCUCUGAGAACCUCGCCUGGUACUUUUCUGGGCUGCGCUCGCCGACCGGCGGACUCAUCUACGAUGUCGAAAGGGGCGGGACGAACGAGACCACUCUGCCCUCCCAAGUGUCUGACACAUUGAUCACCCUGAGCUUGGAGAAAGAGCAAAGACCAGAUUGGACGAACAAGACACUUCCCAAGGAUAUCCCGGGACGCGCCGGCGCGGAAUUGGUAUGGGUUCCUGUUGGCACCAAAGGUAUUCUGGUCGCACUGGGGGGCGUUGUAGACCCGUCUUUCAUCAAAAUAAACGGUAGAUCGAGCGACCCGGACAACAAUAAAGAGAAAAGCCGGGAGUUCAUGUCAACUAUCGAUAUCUACGAUGUGGCAGGGGACAGAUGGUAUCGACAAAAGACGAGCGAUGGCCCAGAAGCCCUCAGCAGAGGGUGUGCUGUAGUCGCCCCCGCUCAGGAUGGUACAAGCUUCAACAUCUACUAUUAUGGCGGUUACGCUGCGCUCGAGCAGAAGUCAGGUUACUCAGAUGCCGUCUGGGUAUUGUCGCUUCCCUCCUUCACGUGGACUAAACUCACAGAAGGCACCGGUCCUGGGCGCGCCGCACACAAGUGUAUAAAACCAUACCCUGAUCAGAUGAUGGUGAUUGGAGGCCACCCCCCGCUGGACGCCACCAAUACUGUUCCGUGCCUUCAGGAGCCGAUCCGGAUCUACAAUUUGUCUUCCGGGGCGUGGGUAAACCGCUACGAUCCAGCGAUCUGGAGCAAUUAUACCGUCCCUCAGGGUAUCCGCGACACGAUUGGGGGUUCCCCCACAGGCGACGCCGAGUUGACGAAGCCGAACCCCUCCUUUGUGAGCACCGCACUUGCCAGUGUGUUCGCUACGAAAUACGACAACACCAAGAUCAAUGCCUACUACCCGUAUGCGCGUGAAGCCCAGGUCAACAACACCAAUCCGAUUGUUCCCCCGGUAACCUCCGAAGAAGCGCAAGGUGGUGGAACCCCAUCCUGGCUUGGUCCUGUGGUGGGAGUUGUUGUAGGGCUUGUCGUCCUCACGCUGAUUGGUGUCGGAGUGUUCUUGUGGCGACGCCGAAAAUACCUGGGUCCAGAUGCCGAGACCAAGAGUGAGGCUAGAACUGAGAAUACCAGAACGCGGGUGAUGAAUUGGAUUCCUCGUCCAGGUCCAGGCCCAGGUCCUGCAUCACCACCUCAAGAACCGGAGGAUGUCAAGCCGCAUUUCGCAGCUGGUGCAACUGAGUAUUACGGCGGUAGCGUCACGGAUGUGGAUAGCGUUGGGGCCCCGACGCCGUUCUCUAUCUCUGAGAUGAUGAACACCGAAAUCCGACGUCCGGUAGAGCUUCCGGAUAACUCUGGCCCCGCUGAACUCUAUAACAAUCCGGCAUCGCCGAGCGUGAACACCCCCUACACUUCCUACGAUGAAAGCCCCGCGGUUGGCCGUGGCUCGGUCAAUAAAGGCUCUUCAUACCCAAAAAACACUCACCAAGUCGACCACGCAAGCAACAUCUCAUCUCUUGGCUCCACUCCCCCUCCUCCUCCACAGCAACCGGCUACAAUUCCAGAACAUUAUGGCACCUCCUUCUACCGCCCAGACUCGGACGCACUCGGGAACCCACCAGUCACCACGCCCACAUCCGGUCACCCAACCAACGGAACCAGCAGUACCCUCCGCAACCAAGUUCUGUCGGGCAUUUCCAACCUGAGUGAUCGUGACCGGUCCCAUCUUCGGCAGAUUAGCGACACGACAGUCAGCUCGAUCACGUCCGGUCAUCAACCAGGUGCAGGACAGCACGGGCAGAUUCUCAGCCACUCUGGAUUCCCAGAGAGGUUGGUGGAGAGCCCAGGGGUGGUGUCGCCUCCUACUGCCGGGCCUAUGGGUGAGAGCCCAGAUUACCUCAGUGCGAGGCCACUGCCAGGACAGGCGCAGCAAUGGCAAGCACAGCAAGCGCAAGCGGCGAACAGCCCGCUCAGGAAGAGUGUAUUCACGGAGAGCAAGGAGGACAUGACGGAUCCGAAUGGCGGUUCUGGCCCAAGUAGGAUAUAAGGUAAUGAGGAUGACGGGGGCAGUAGGUUUAAAAGGAGAAGUGCUAUGAGUGAUGAUUCAUUUGAUGUUGAUAUUACUUUUUUUUCUUUGUAAUUUUGGGCUUUGGAUGCGCGGGCUGCAGUGGAUCAUGAGCUGGGCGUUUUGCUUUUUGAUGUGAUAGGGACACAUAUGAUACACGCGGGACAUUGGCCAAGGCAAGAUGGAUCACUCCUUUUAUACCAUACUUUUGAUGAGAUGAGCAUUUCAAGAUGGGCAGGUAGCGUUGAUAGGCAUAGUGUGUAAACUCGAUACUUCUUGUCACCAUUUGAUGAUCUUCGAUCGAC